AUGGGUGUGAAAACAGCUUUUCUCAAUGGAGAUAUAGAGGAAGAGGUUUAUAUGAAACAACAUGAAGGAUUCUCCUCUAGUGAUGGUGAGCAAUUGAGAACACCAUGGAUCAAUGUAUAUACCAGAAGGUCAGUGGGAGCAAAAUUUGUUUCCUUAUUCUAUAUGUGGAUGAUAUUUUACUUGCAACCAAUGAUAAAGGAACAAAUGAAGAACAUUCCUUAUGCUUCAGCUAUUGGAAGCCUAAUGUAUGCUCAGGUCUGCACAAGACCUGACAUUGCUUUUGCAGUUGGAGUAUUAAGAAGAUAUCAAAGUAAUCCAGGCGUAGACCACUGGAAAGCUGCAAAGAAAGCGAUGAGAUAUCUUCAAGGGACUAAGGAAUACAUGCUUAUGUUUAGACGGACUGAUAACUUGGAAGUAAUUGGCUACUCAGAUUCAGACUACGCUAGUUGCAUUGAUUCCAGAAAAUCCACUUCAGGAUAUAUUUUCAUGCUUUCACUAUGGAGGCUGAGUUCUUUUCUUGUUUUGAGGCUACCUCGCAUGGUGUAUGGAUGA